GGCGAGGUUCCCCAAAGCGAGAAUCGACGAACAGUGUUAUUUAAAUUUUCUUCUAUUGCCAUUGAUAUUUCAGGCAAAUUUUUAAAACCUGAAUGGACAAGUUGCAACAGAAUGGCAAAAGAGGAAGAAAGAAAUAGAGAAAGACUGAAUUCACGGAAUUCUAAGAAACACAAAGUGCUAUUUAAGUUUGCAUUUUUAUUCCUUUGGAUCCUGUUGGCUGCAGCAUUAAUCGGAGUUUUAGCAAAGCACGACUUUCUACCUCGUUUUUCUGAGCAUGCGCGAGAACUCUCCAAACACCGCACCAGAGGGGAGGAGAUCAAGUUUCACUUUGUCGAUAGCAUUGACAACUUUCCUAACCAAGACGAACGUCUUCCAAAUGACUUAAAACCGCUCAGCUAUAAACUAGACUUACGAGUGAAUUUAACAACUCUACGAUAUGGCGGAACUGUUACCAUUGAAAUUAUUUGUAAGAAUAAAACACGCUUUGUUAUUCUCCAUUCGGCAGAGCUAGACAUACUAAACGUGUCUAUAGAAAAAAGAGGGCAAACUCCAGAAAAUAAAAUAGCCAUAGAAAGAAUUCUUGGCUUCAAGAAAAAUCAGCAGCUCUGUAUUGAGCUACGAGAACACCUUCGUAGAGGGGUAGUGUACUUCCUUAGUUUGAAGUUCAAGUCAAAGAUUUCCGACACACUUGUAGGAUUUUACAAGAGUUCGUAUUCUACUGAAAAUGAGGAAAAAAGGUAAGCGAGUAGUUAUUAACCAUAGCCUACUAGUGCCGCACAAGCAUCUACUGAUCUAUCUUCUUUGAUACUAAUGUCCCGGUAAGCUAGGUAUAGAGGUCACACUCUACUGAACACGGAAGUUCAGUUGUUGUUACAGCAGUGCACUAAGUGUCCGUCUUAGAAAGGCGUCUAGCUAGUUUUGCAAAAAAGGAAGAACAAGAGGAACUGAAUUUUGGUGUCCGUUAUAGAAAGGUGAAUAAAUAUUACAGGGUUUGACCAUACAUAUAAGAGAGCGGCAAAUGAUUACCAUAGAUCGCUCUUUCCCAGUUCUUUUUCUCAUUGGAGGGAAAGAGAAGGUAAGGAGAUAAGAGAAUCCCUGGGUGCGUGGUUAUCACAUGACUUAAUUUUUGGAGUAUUUUAUCCCCAUUGGUACCAUUCGAAUUGUAUGGAAAGAAUGUGCUGCCGCUCGAUAAGAAUAGGUGAACACAGCCCAAACAUAAAAGAAAGAUCGAUCGUAAUUUAUUCACAAGCCAUAGUGUAAGCCGAUAUUAUGACGUCCCAAGGUAGAGUGGGAAUAUUUUCACUAUAUCCGGGGUACGUUUAUCCGUGAUUACCGCUGUUGAAGACGUGUAUAGUACUAUCCACUGGUAGCGAUUUAUCUGGUGGACAGGACUACCAUGUAAAUGAAUUCAACUUUGGAAGAACCAGGGCCUGUUCCAUACAAUUUAUUCAAAGAGGGGAGAAAGAACGGUCACUCGUUAUAACGGUGUGUUCGCAGGAGCCCUUAUUUCGUCACGGUUCGUCACGAGCGUCAUAUGGGGAUUUCGUCGUACUGGGGCGUGCGUCCAACCAGUGACAUAUAUAGCCAUUCCUCAGCACUGGAGGUAGCCUACCACGCAGACGUUCUUAGGGGUUUUGUGAUUGGGCGACGAGGCAAAAGAACGCCUGCAGGGAGGCUACACUGGAUGAAGAUCUGUUAGAUUUUCUAGUAAACUGUGAGGUCACCACCAACCAAACCACAGCUUAAAAGGAAUAGGAGGGUAGUAGGAGGCAGCAUGCCGAGCGAUUGAAGCGCUGGAAUAUUAAUCUGGGUCCCUGAUUUCAACUCCUCGCUCACGCUUGACAACAGCAAACUAGUUUACCCCCGGCCAGUAGAGAUUCUUAACUCUUUCGCCCACGAUAAAAACUACUAGCUUAACAGUAAGUGUGUUAUCCCUUCAAUGUGAGGAUUUUUUGGAGGUAUGAUAGAGCAAUCAAGACAUGAUCUAAUCUAUUGUAGGCCUAUGAUUCGACCUAGUAUGCCAGAACAGUGAAGUUAUGGGACAGUCAUAAAAGCUACUACAAUCAUUGUAUCUUCUGGUUUUAUUUUUAUUUUAAUCUUAACAGGACAGUAGCUGUGACUUAUUUUGAGCCCGCUCAUGCCAGGAAGGUGUUUCCGUGUUUUGACGAGCCCCUUUUUAAAGCGUCCUUCAACAUCUCUAUAAUUCAUGACCCUGAGCCGUAUUACGCCCUGUCCAAUAUGCCGCGGGUCCGGUGCGUCGUUAGGGAAGAUGGACUUGUGGAAACACAUUUCGCCCCCAGUGUCAACAUGAGCUCGUAUCUUGUGGCGUUCGCAGUAGUAAACUUCAAAUACAAAGAAAGCAAGACUGACUCUGGAGUUUUGGUAAGUUGUCUUGUGGCGAGCAAAGUGUUUAUUUGGCUGGUCUGGCAACAAUGGUUGUAUUUACAGUAAAGGGCGUAUAAGACGUUUAAAUGACUCAACUUGACUGCAAGCAAGCUCUUCAUUUGAGCGGCGAGCGCCGCAAGUUCUUGAGAGAGAAACCUCGAGCGAGCAGCUAAUUAAGAGCAAAGCAAGAGACCAGGGCCUAGAGACCAGAUCGAUGGCAUACCUCAUAGAAGUGUUUUAUGAAUUAGCUGUAGUUCUGCACCAGUGUUUCAUAUUAUGGGACUUUCCAUGCUAAAAUAUUUGAACGCAAUAAUUUCUUUACGGGCUCCUAUAUACAACUUAAAAACCCAAAAACGUUUUAAAAGGUUUGGUUCUCAUACACUGACUUGUAUUUGCUGCCCUUAUCAACAGGUUCGCGUCCAUGCCCCACCCACCGACUAUGGACGUUUGGAUUAUGCUCUUGAGGUUGCUGUCAAGUUAUUGUCUCAUUUUGAAAAACUUUUUGGGGAACCUUUCCCCCUUCCUAAACUUGGUGAGUAUUCCUUUAAAAGCCAAGCUGUGUCGUUUCGUGCGGAGCAUUGAAAUCCUGGAGAAUCUUGGUAUGCUUUGAUUUCACUUUUUAGGUGUUUACACAAAAUGACUCAAAAUUGUUGCCUGUUUCCUUCUCGAACUGAGUACAAACAAUGCCAGGAAAUACUCUUAUCUAGUGCAGUACUUGUAGGUUGAAAUCUUGACCUCUCACUUCAGUCAAUAACGCAUGCCCAGUAAACAAUUUCGAUUUUCGUACCAGACGUUACUGACCAUGAUUUCGGGCAAUAAAUAAAAACGAGAUUUUGCAUCUCACAGUACAGACCAAAAAAAAAACGCGGUUAAUAAGAUAUUUACAAAAAUUAAAAUUAUUUCAGGUUCCUGAUCAUGAUCUAUGUCUCAUCUAUAUAUUAUCUAUAUGGAUGGUUUGAGUCCGGCACAAAAAACCUUAACACAGUUUUUAGAGACAGUAGGUUAGCACCAUAAUGAAAUUGUUACAGACAAGAGUAAUCAAUCAGGAUAUUGUUGUCAUCGCCCAUGCUUUCAGAUCUGCUUGCUGUACCGGAUUUCCUUAUGGGUGCCAUGGAGAACUGGGGACUAGUGUUGUUCAGGCGAGUCCAUCUUGUGUAUGACGACAGGUUUUCCUCAACUGACACUAAACUUUCCCUGACCAAAGUCAUAGCACAUGAGCUGGCGCACCAGGUGAUAACUGAUAUUCAGUAUCAGUUAGCCUUUACAUAUAAAGGAUAAUUUGCUCAGACCUAGCCUACGAUCGUAAUUGUCUCAAUAAAUAUAGAAAUUGCUUGAGAACUUUUUUACGACUUUUUUCCCUCAAUGAAAUUUAAUGUGUUUCGAUCAUGAUCAGUGGUGCAGAGCUCUUUGUGAAACAUGCGUGUUUCAUACGUCGUUGCGUGGCUGCGUCAACAGUGAUUUGACUUAAAGUUGUUUUCGCGUAUUCUCAAAAAUAGACACUCCGGAAAGCUUCAUUGCGCAUUUUUUUGUUUCACUAGAAAAGUAAGCACUGCUAUGUUUAUCGAAGGAGGUUAAGCCCUCUCCCGAUUGCAUAAUGAUGAAACCUCUAACAUUUGAUAACUUGUUUCCACCACUGAAGACGGCCAUCACGUUUUCCCGCCAAAAUGACGCUGGUUCAAGCGUGAACACCGUGAGCACUACUUGGUACCACUUAGUAUUGAGAAAAUAUCGUACGCGUAAUCUUCCUUGUCUUAAGAUCUAAAGGUCUCUAUUUAAACUGUUAAGAAAGACAGCUCUCAGAGGACCCUCUCUAGCCGUCCUUUUGCUCUUUUUUCUUAGUGGUUUGGUAACCUGGUAACCAUGCGAUGGUGGAAUGACUUGUGGCUAAACGAAGGAUUUGCCAUGUUUCUGGAAGAUGAAUUUGGAGUGAAACCUGGAUUCAAUGGAUGGAAUACGGUAAUGAUACCAUGAUACUGCCAUGAUACUGUAUACACCGUGCUACGUGGUAAUGGCAAGACUUUUUCCAAACGCGUACGUCGUGCUAAUGCCGUGCUCCCGAAUUUGCACGGCAGCAUCACAAGCUUUGAAACAGGCCAUAGACUGUAUCAUGUACAGUUGCGUGCUGCAGUUAACUAAAACCAAAACCGACCAUGAUAAAACAAAAUAACCAUCAUGUUGAUGAUAAUUCAUUACUAGGGAUUUCAAUAAACUUAUUGCAAAAGACGCGAACGACUUCGUAAAUGCUAAAAACCAUGUCAGAAAGAAACUUUGGUUCGCAGGGUACGUAAUGUUAUACACUUGAGAAUGUUUUUUGGUCGAAUUUGAAUUAUGAACGCAAGCCUUGGGCAUGGCCUUGGACCAUAAAGGAAAAAGGUUUAAAAGACCGUACUGUGUGUUAUUUUUCAGCGUGAAAGAGUUGUUGCCACAAGCUGGCUAAAUGGGUUACAAGCUGACUCAGCAUCGACCUCUCAUCCAAUCAGUGUACAGGUUCAUAGACCUGAAGAGAUUGAUAACAUAUUUGACACCAUCUCCUAUCAGAAGGUAAUCAGCAAACAUUCUUUCUAAUUAUACCAAAAGAGGAUUAUCCUCUCUUGAUUAUACUUAAGGGUAAUAUCAAGAGCAGGGGUCAAGAGGAUAUUUCUGUUCUAGGUCAGUUCCGUGCUAAAGUCAUUAUUACUUAGUGCUUUCACCCAUACAAAAAUGUUCCUGUAAUGUUAUGAAAAACAUAUCAAACAAAUUUCACCAACGAACACUAAUAACCAUAAAGAUGUUUUAGUGAAUUUUGCAGGCAUACACUCGGUAGCAUUAAAACUUGAAAAAGUUUCAAUGCACGUUCAUCCCUGUCAUCCGUAGCAAAAGACGGCAAGAAACAGUUUCAAUGCCUAAUUAUAGUCUUAAAUAUAGAAAAAAAAACUGGACCAUUAUGUUUGGGAUUCAAUUGAUGCAAAGAUAAGUUGUAGUAUUUUAAAAAGAAGACAAAUAGCGGGACAUAACCCCUUUAAGUCAACCUCAGGGUGACAUGCUUAUACACUCCUGGCAAAGCGUGUUACUUACUGUUUCCCUUGCCGACAUACAAGUCCACCACUAGCACUAGUACUGUAAUCUGCUUUUUGUAGUUAGUACUGAAGUAAGUAGAAAAGAUCAAGUGUAGUAUUUCGUCUAGGUGAGCGUAGUCCUGAAGAGCACUUUAAAGACAGUGUCUAUUGUUUUCAUUACAUUAUACCAUAAUCUUGAUCGUGACUUGACCGGUAAUAAAGUAGCGAUGUUAUUGACCUAUGCGUUAAGCCGGAAUGUUAUUGGCUAAUAUUGACGCACUUUACGAGACGUUGCCGAAGUUGUUUCUGACACGAUGUUCUAUUGUAAUGCUUUCUAGGCAGCCAUGAUUUUAAGAAUGCUCAAGAACUUUCUCGGCGAAGUAAGAUUCAUGAAUGGAAUCAAGGUAAGAGUAAGAUCAUAAUAGACAGACUCCGAAGGUGCUCGAAACAGUCUAAUCUUUGUUGCUUGUGGCAGUUUAUGACAAGAAAACUGAAAUCCUGGAAAAUCGUCAGAUGAGCUGUUUAAAAGUACAGGCGUAUAAAUCAAUGAGUAAUCGAUGGUGAUUCUAUGUGAGAACGUCGAGUAAUCAAUAGCAUCAAUGAAACUAGGUGACAUUUUUGGUCAUCGAUUAGUCAUCGAUCACCCAUUGAUCAUCGCACAAUAAUUAGUGACUAGUCCGUUUACUACUCUUGACUAUGAUUAACGAUCGAUUACUCAUUGAUGUCACUGAUCAUCAAUUAGUUACGUCUGGCAAUCUGGGAUGCUAAGUUGUUGAAGUGGUUUAUUUUAUUUUCGCAGCGCUACAUACAGGUUCAUAAAUAUAGAAACGCAAAUGCAGAAGAAUUAUGGGAUGCCAUUGGCGAGGUAAUUAUUUCUUAAAAACCCGCUUUUACUCGCGAGUAUCGUUAAGACCGGCACAACGCACGCACAUAGUCAACGACCAUUCAGGGGCUAAGAAAGAAAAAACGAAGCAUUGCGAGCAAGCUACAGUUUAUAGCUUUGAUUUUACUCCUGAUCCUGAUUAUUGAAACUGAGUAAAAAGAGAUUUCCACCAGGGCAAGUGGUUUUUUUGGUGUUUAUUCAUUGGAGCGUAUUGAUCAAUCCAUGCAGAGAGUAGCACCACUAUGAUUCCCAUUUAAACCGAAGAAAUGGAGGGCUGUAUAAUGGUUAAAUUUUUACGGUUAGAGAUUUGCUAACAGUCCUGACACAUGCACUACGCUGUGUUCUUAUAUACAGAUAGCGUUAAACACUGACAAGUCGUCUUGUAAUGUUUGUAGGCAAAUGGGAAUAUGAAUGUCAGGGAAAUGAUGAAAGUUUGGACAGACCAGAAAGGCUUUCCGAUUGUCAGUAUUAGAAAGCGAGGAAACUCAUUUGUAAUCGAGCAGGAGGAUUUUCUGGAUAAAAUCAGACUGAAACGGGACAAAGAGAAAAAUCCAGCUCUUCGGUAAUCAUAAGUAAACUAAAAGGGUUUAUAGUCUGUUUUUUUUGUUGUCGUUUUGGUUUGUUUAUUUGUUUAGGGUUUUAGUUUCUUUUCAGAUCCCGGUAAGUAAGAUUAGUCAUUCUGGUUCUUUGAAAAAGGUUAUUUUGCGUUCUCAAAGCAUAAAAACGACAAAUUAAGGGCUGACGCCCAGUUCAUAAUUGAUUCUAUAUGGGAUUAGGACAAAUAAAUACCUUGAAAGCCCAAUAGUGGAUUAAAAGCACCUGCACCAUAUACUCUACCCAUUCCUUAUCGAGUCCCGCCAAUAGUAAAUUUUCUGGCGGGCGAGCGAUCGGUUUUAGAUCGAGCACGCAGUGAAGGGAGGAGGAGGCAGUCUCCUUGGCAGCUGUACAGGCAACACGACUCUGGAAGAAACUGCGUACGUUUGAGUAGGGGUGAGGGGGAAAAACUCGACCGUCUCCCCUGCCCCCACUCCCUUCUUUGGCUCCUGUGUCUCGUGCACCACAAUUGCUCGCACGUCCCCCCUUCCCUCCCCAGAAAACGCCUGUUUCUGACUGUUUACAUCUAUAGUAACGUCUAGUUAGGGAACUACUUUCUUCAUCUUUAAUCAUCCAGUUUUGUUCACGCUUUGCGCUUCAUAUUGAUCAUAAUUAUGAUAAUUCAUGACAAUUCAUAGUAUGCCAGAUGCUCUGUAGCUAGGUUCUUUUUUCGGUUUGAGGCAGUCGUGGCACUUUUCUAGGCAAAUUUUUUUUUCUGGCUGCCAUUUUUUCCCUUUUUUCAUUCCUUUGUAAUUCGGGGGACACAACAUAUUUAUUGUACCAAGCUCAUGCUUACUGUAGCCUAUAACAAUAAUCCAAUCAUAAAUAAUAUACCUGAUAAAAUACACAACAAAACUUAUUAUAAUAAGUAAUGUUUUGAAUCAAAAUGUCAACAAGACAAAAUGAGCAAGGUUCGCAACAUUCGCUAUAACGGCUAUGUUAGACGGGAAGAUUCCUUGUGACAAAUAUUUCGAAUGUUUUAAAAUAUGAACAAACUAAAAAUCUUCUUAACUCUCUCUCAACCUCAGGUGCGUGCUCUAAGAAUUUUCUUAAAAAGGUUUUUUACAAUGAAAAGUACUGUAUUCUGCUACUUUUCAUCGACGCGCAUUACCUAUCAAAUUUCCUAACCAUUCUUGUCUCGUCAGUCGCUAAAAAAACUGGCCGUUGUCGAGAGGUUAUUUUGGCAGACGCGCUUUAGUGGCCGUUGCCGUUCGAGAUAGGUUUCAGCAAGAGUCAAAGUACUGAUCGUGUCCAGCGGGACAAAAAAGUGGCCGUUGUAGAGGGGGGGGGCCGUUGUGGAGAGGUGGCGGUUGGUGGAGGUUCGACUGUACCUCUAUAAAGUUUGUGACUAAACGUUUUUACAAAAAUUCUACCGAGUUAAACUUAAUGAAAUUUCUCGUGAAAUCGCAAAUCGUAAUCUCGUGAGAAAGAUCUACACUGAACUUAGGUCGCACUAUUGUAGUCAACAUUCUCGGAAAUCGAGAAUAGUUGGCAACCAUUCUUAGAAUGUGGACAACGUCAAAACAUGUCAAAGUAACACGUUAUUAUUGGUUGAUACCAAACCCUGAAUAUAAUAUCAUGUCCUGGAUCAUCGGGCUGUAUUGAAGUGUGCCCUCAGUAGCUGACUGCCUUCCUCAUUUCAUUCUUGACAAUGGAUAUAAAGACCUUGCUAGAUAAUCUUCAUGAAGAAUUGUCUUGUUCUUUAUGUAAGUGUACGCUCACUAAACCAAAGCAGCUGCCUUGCUCGCACAACUUUUGCCUUCCCUGCUUAAACGGGGUUCAACGAGCUCGUCUGAACAUUGAACCAACAGUGAUUGCGUGCCCUGAAUGUCGGCGGAAAUUCAGAGUCCCUGAAAAUGGAAACCUCGGUGCUUUGCCUACAAACUUUCGUAUCAGCAGCCUGCUCGACGUUUUGGCCAGGAAGGAGUGUCAUGCGACCGGUGCUAAGUGUGGAAAUUGCGACAAAAAGAGUGUAUUCAGUUCUUAUUGUUUCCAGUGCCAUGAAUUUUGGUGCGACGACUGCAUCAUUUUUCAUAACGGCAUCAAAUCUAAUAAAGAACACCAUGCACUGGCACUGAAAGACUUUGAAAAUUACGACUUUGAGAUCAAAAAACGGUCAGCGUUUUGCGGAAACCCAGGUCAUGUAAAGAAGGAAUUUUGCCAGAGUUGCGAAGUUUUCGUUUGCUAUUCGUGCAUCGCAGCGCUUCACAACGGUGGUUCCGUGCAGAUGCUUCCUCUGGACGAAAUUGAAAAUGAUCACAACUUACAUCUUAAAGCUGUUAUUAAAUCUCAGAAUCAAAGAGUGCGUCAAAAGAGGGAAAGACUUGAAGAAAUUCAGGCUAAAUGUGCAAACAUUCAAACCCAGGUAGACAACGUUAAAAUGGGUGCACAGAAUUUUGUUGACAGCAUGAUCGCCAUUCUUAAGGCUAAAAAGCAGAAAUUGUUCAUUGACGUGGAAAAGAAAGCAAAAGAAUCUCUACACCUCCUAAGCACCCAACAAAGCGAGAUUGAAAGUCAAGUAAGAGUGAUUAAGACGGCAGUCCAGAAAACUGAACAACUUUUAAAAAGAAGAACAAAUGCCGAGAUCGCAAAAUUUGGCACCGACAAAAUCUUCCAAGGACUAGACUACAGUGAUGGAGAAGAAGUCAACUGUGACCUUGAAAAUAUUUAUCACAUUGUUUUUAUACAAAACGAAAUGCUAAUGGAAAAAGUAGACUUCGGAGGGAUUGGAUCAUUCAGAAGUAUCCUAAGCAACACUGUAGCGCAACAAUCUAGUGCCGAGGGUGAAGGAAUCAAAGAAGCAAUUGUUGGGCUUGAAGCACAGAUUGUUGUGACAACAAGAACUGCCGAAGGAGUUCAGAGUUAUGAAGAGCAUGACUUUGUAAAAUUAGAAAUUAGAAAUCGGCAAGGAAAUGCUUGUGCCACGAAAAUACAAGUCGCGGACAACGGCUAUGGUACUUUUGAGAUCAGUUACUUUGCCAGAGAAACUGGGAUAUUCGAGGCAUCAGUGAAAGUGAAUGGAGACCAUGUUCUUGGCAGCCCUUUUAAGGUUCAAGUCAGAGCCAGGCACUUCAAACAUGUAUCAAGUUUUGGUCUACCAGGACUGUCCUUGGGAAGAUGCAAUUUUCCCUGGGGGUUUGCAGUGAAUGGACGAAAUGAACUAGUAGUGACUCAUAGGCUAACUCAUAGGGUGCAGAUUUUCCUUAGUGAUGGGUCCUGUUUGAGAGCUUUUGGAAGCAAGGGAGAUCAAGAGGGACAAUUUAAUGAACCUACCGGGGUUGCUUUUCAUAAUGAUAAGAUUUUAGUAGCCGAUUGUAAUAACCACCGAGUUCAAGUCUUUAGCGCUCAGGGUAAAUUUCUCUGCCAGUUUGGAGGCGAAGGUGAUCUUAAUGACCAGCUUAACCUUCCUCUGGGUUUAUCAGUAAACUGUGAAGGUAAUCUUAUUAUUGCUGAUGCUCGUAACAAAUCAGUUAAGGUAUUUUCUACUAGUGGUCGGUUUUUACGGAAAAUUGGAACAGCACACUCGUUCACCUUUCCCUUCCAUUGUAUUCAACAUGAUAACCAUCUUGUAGUGUCAGACUUUGGUGAAAAUUGUGUUAAAGUUUUUGAUCGGGCGGGAAAGUUCAUGUACAAAUUUGGCAAGCCGGGGAAGAAAGACGGGGAGUUCAAUGGACCCACUUGCCUAUCAGUGAGUAAAGCGGGACAACUCAUUGUCUGUGAUUCACAAAACUUCAGAGUGCAGAUUUUCGAAAUGAGUGGAAAGUUUGUAGCUACUUUUGGAUGCCAUGGUAACAGGGAGGGAAUGUUUAAUGUACCAGUUUCUGCAGCAGUCCUUAGCGAUGGUAAGAUAGCUGUGUCUGACUUCUUCAACCACCGUGUCCAGAUAUUUGAGUGAGGGCAAACAAAUUUCAAGUGUUAAUAAAAUAACUUGCCAUUAAUAUUUUGGUAGAAUAUGCAAACUAUUUACAGUGAUUUUAAGGUUUUUUAGUUGUGGUAGUAAAACGUAGCUAAACGUGAUUACAGCUAUAUUAAAGAACAAACUGCUUAGGAUUUUCUUAGGAUAGUUAACUUAACAGUUCAAGAGAGAAACUUGGAUUUUCAACAAGAAUCAAUUACCGGUAAUAUUUUUGCAAUUUUACCAGCAACUGAAAUCAUAGACAUUGACUGGCUAUCUGUAAAUUAAUUGUUAAUGUUAGCUAAAUGUUUUUGAACAGUAAGUGCCAGUUUGUGUGUAAAUAAAUUAGAAAGUUCCAGUGUUUUGGUGAAAAUGCACCCUGAGGAAUUCAUUUGGGGUAUGGAUCGAGGUUUCUUCGAACAAUUGCCAAGCACUUUUUUUCCUCAAGAAAACAUGCUUGGCAUAAUUUACCUUUUUCUGUCAAUAGUAUCUACGCUUUUAUUGUCAAAAGCAUAACUUUGCUUUUGCUGUUUAUGUUCAUGAAGACCGUUAAGAAACUGCAACUUUCCAAGCUCUCCACAUAAAUGCUGCUGGCUCUCCGCUACGGUUGGAAUUAGGAAGAAGGCCUACCAGGUCAUCGGCUUAAUUUCAGAGCGCGUACCCUUUUCUUGCUUAAAAUCAAAUUAAGACGGCGACAGCUACUCCAUCGUCACAAAAUAACUUGUUUGCAGGUCAUAGAAUAGGGAACCCAGGCUUCCUUAGAAGUCCUGUUGGUUGCAGAAUAUAUUAAGGAUUUGUAUGGAAGUUUAAAUUCGCUGGUCUUAAAAAGAGGAUAAAUUAAAAAGACAUGAAAAGUAACUCGAUUAAAGUUCAUCUACCUUAGGAAAUAUUGUUUAUGCGACAAUUCUUGGCUACGUACCUUGCAGCGUUGAGAUGUAUGGGUUGCACCGUUUUGACUACUACUAGUCAGAAACAGAGAGGAUCGAAAUAGCAAAUCACGACCGACCGUCGUGGUACAUCCACGCAAAUAUAAUGGUAUUGCCGGAGUAACUAGUCGGUCUAAUAACCUGGCCCCAGUUGUUCGAAAGCUGGAUAACACUAUCCACCGGAUAAAUUUCUAUCCGGUACGGGAUAACGCAAUUGGUUUCCCUAAUAUUUAUCCGCUGGAUACUACAGCGCUAUCCAACAUUUGAACAACCAGGUUCUUCAGGCCCCGGUGUUCACACUAGCAUGCAGUAAGUAGUAAAAAAGACGCGAUUUACAUCUCAAGUGACUACAUGGUAAGAUAACUUGAUAAUUCUCUUUAUUAUAGACCUCUCCUUCAUUCCUGUGAAGAAAGGCGCUGAUUCGAGGCUAGAGUGGACAAAAUUCAGUGACUUGAAUGAAAUUGUGCACCCGAGCCUUCAUCUGAUUCCAUUGUGUUAGUUUCUUACUGGAGCGGAAUGCGGGAAGGUCUAUUGUAUCUAUUUACUGUCUUUUUAUUAACAUACUUGGGCUGUAUCUUCCUAGGAAGAGGUGGUUUGUUCCUCUGUCGUACAUUACCAAGUCUCAUCAGAAACCACGUUGGGUCUCAAUACAUCCCAACGAAAGUAAGUUUUCUGUAAAUGCUUACUUAAAAUAGAUGGAUGAAAUUCCUUCAUAAGUUGCAGAUAAUAUAAUUAUAAUAAUCUUAAUGCUAUUGUCAGGUGCGCAAAAUGAAUGCGCAAAACCAAAAUGUGUCACACAGUCGAACAUCUCUAAUGCGGACACCGAAGGGACAGAGCAAAGUGUCCGUACUGGAGAGGUCACCAUGAUGACGUCACUUUAAGACCCCACUGACAGGUUAGAGUGUUCAUUCAUUGAAUGGACAAUGAAACGGUCUGAAUUACGCCUUUCGUUUCUAAUUGUCGAUUGGUACAGUUUAUAGAGCAGCACUGACUACAGAAAUACGUAUUGAAUUGGCUAUUGCUACAGCAUUUUCGAUUACUGUAUUUGCAAUUAUAAAUGUAAGUUUUGAAAACUAACAUUUUGAUAUGUUCUGGUAUUGGUGCUGCUGACUGAUAAAGUGUCAAAUGUUUGAGUAACCACCUACCGGAAAUGGUACAUACCGCAAAUUAUCGACACCUGGUCCCCGGAGUGUCCGUAAUAAAGACGUUAAGUUUGUAUGAAUUUGCUCCCAAGGGCUGAGAUUUAGCGACCGUUGUCCGUAUUAGAGAGGGUCCGUAUUAUAGAGGUUAUUGUAAGAGGAAAUGUAUGAGAAUUUUGUCGGUACUUAGGAAACUGUCCGUAUUGGAGAGGUGUCCGUCUGAGAGACUUGUCCGUAUGGAAAGGUGUCCUUAUGGAGAGGUGUCCGUAUGGAGAGGUGUCCGUAUGAAGGGGUGUCCUUAUGGAGAGAUGUCCGUAUGGAGAGGUGGCCGUCCUAGAGAGGUGUCCGUAUGGAGAGGUGUCCGUAUUGGAGAGGUGUCCGUAUUAGAGAGGUGUCCGCAUGGAGAGGUGUCCGUAUUAGAGACGUGUCCAUAUGGAGAGGUUCGACUGUACCGUCCUUGAAAGUUAUUUGAGUUCAUGGGGUUCUAUUGAACCUUACGCUUUUAAAACAAGCUUAAUUAAUUUGUGGAUUCUUUGAUUGAACAGAAUACCACUCUCUAAAAGAUUCUUCCACUAAUUCCUGGAUCAUGGCAAAUAUCAACGUAACUGGAUUCUUUUUGGUUAAUUAUGAUGAGGAAAACUGGUACAAACUUGCCAUGCAGCUCGAGGAGGAUCACCAGGUUACAAUUGCGCUUUUUAUCGGUAGAUAAAUCAUGAGCGGGAGAUUUGCGUGGGUGAUUACAGUGAUGAACAGAGAGCGAGCCAAUGUAAAGCCCAUACAGAUCGGACACAAAUAUUUUAUCGUACUUGUGAAAUGGUAAAAUCAUUAAAGAUCUGUAUUAAAGGCUAAACGAACACUAAUUAGCUGAGCAGGAAUCUGAAUCGAAAGUUAAUUCUACUUGUUAAUAUUUCAUCAACCCAGGUGAUUAGUAUUGGGGUUUACAGGGGUGGUGUACAUGUGAUUCAAUUACUUCAUGUACCUAUUGAUUGGUCAUAUUAAACUUUGAUGAAUGGUUAGUGAAUUGCAGUUGAGACCAUUUGAGGAAGUUUAGAACGCGGGCGUGAGCAUGCUGAGAAAUUGUCUAAAUUGCGAAAAGUUCUGUUUCUAUCAAACGUCAAUUUAGGCGAGAAAAUACAAAUCACACGAAGGUCCGGCACACGUCCGAAGAUAACCUGAAACGUCCAGACGUCCGAAUAUUACUUAAUAAUAUUUCUUCGGUUAAGUGAGCAUUUUACCUGCUUUUUAUCUAACCUUUUUAGUUAAUUUAUAGAUUUUCAGCCCGUCUGACAGAGCUGUCUUAAUCCACGACGUUUUCACUCUUUCUUGGUAAGUCGACAGGUUAUUUUAUUAACCGAUUCGGGACCGGAUCAAAGGCCGGUAUUUAUUGUGGUGCUUAUUUUCCCGUGCUGGCUCAUAUCUGCUGUAAUGAUACUCUGACAAAAAUAGGUUCGUUAUCAAAAACAAACGGCCUUAAAACCACGUCCCCACCACCACCGACUGGGCAUUAUCGCGGUACAUUUACUCCUACGUAGGUGUGAGUAAAACGCCUGAGUGCUUUUUGAAAAAGAAGGGAUGUGAUGACAGAGAUUCUCUCAAAACCGCUGACAGAAAGCCCCUUUUUCUUUGUUUAUUAUUAUCAUCAUCAUCAUUAUUUAUUUAUUUACUUAUUUAUUCCUUUCAGUCAAGGCCUGUUGGAUCCCAUCCUUGCCUUGAACCUUUCCCGGUAUCUUGUUAAAGAGUUACACCCAGUCCCCUGGGCCGUGGCUAGAAGAUCAGCCAAGUGUCUUUGGGGUGUGUUCAGUAAACCUCAUAAGCUACUGUACAAGGUACAACGACUAUCGUAAGGUUUCAAUUUUUAUGGUGAUACAGUUUUAACGUCUUUAUUUAAAGUCUUUUCCUGCCUAGAUUAGCCUUAUAGCUCCCGGAUUUGUAGUAAAUAAAGUAUUGUAAAGUAACGUUUAUAUUUCUUUAAAUAAAAUACAUUGUUGUUGAUGUCGUUGUUGUUUUAGAUAGGUUAAGAUUUACCGUAAGCCUUUUUCUUAAAUAUUCCUUUUGUUACAACGUUUCGUUUCCAAGGCUCCAAGAAAGCUUAAAAACGUGAAGUAUACCUGCCUCAUACCCCGAUUUCGGAGGAUUAAGAGCAACCCAUGAGAAAACGAGUUUUCGAAGAACGCAAGGUACCUUGGUGGCAACUCGGGCUCUUUUCGUUAUCAUUUUACUUUCGUAUAUAGGCGCCUGGGUAGUGAAGCAGGAAAUCCACAGGGACUAAGGCUUGACUGAUGUUUAACCUGCCUAGAUGACGGUUUUGUUGGGGAGCGAACGCUCUAAUGAGCGCAGCGGCCACAAAGGGGGAACGAUGACACUCUGCUCGUUCACCAACAAAACCGCCAGUUACGCAGGGUAAUACAAGCGUGCCCUCCGCUGCUGCUGCUGCUGCUGUACGUGUCUUUAGACCUGACUCGUCUCUCCAGUUGUCUCUGAAAUUUGUAAGCGGUCGCAGAACGGUCGCGGAAGUCUAUUCGGAGAAGGCAACCAUGGGAAGGAGUGCAUGCUGAAGGGAAAGGAAGAGACUCCCCUUUCCCCCCUUCUUAUCUCCCCAGGCCAUGCGCGUCUCUGCCAUGCGCUUCCCUCGAAGCAGACAAAAUAAAAACGACAGGAAAUGCACCAGUUUUGAGACAUUGAUGCUAACAGUGCUUCAGAAAGAUGAGUCUCUAAUCUUAAAAAUUGUUUCUUAAAAGAGUUCAAAUACAACUUAGCCCCGAGUGUUUGGAAGAUUUUAGUAGCCUUAACUUUGUGUAGUUAAAAAAAUUUAAAGCGGGCCCUCCGCUUAAUGGUAUCUCACUUACUAACGGAGCGUUUCUGAAAAGAGUUUUUAAAAGAAAUUCCUCUCAUCUAACUGAACACAAUUUGCUUCCAUGCAGAAAUUCUUUUGGCAGCUGCAAGACCAUCUCAUUGAUUUUCUUGGCAUUGAAGACACAGGGAACGAUCAGGAAAGGUGAGUAGAUAUCAAUUGGCUGAAGCUGUUUCAGCCACCGUAGUCGGGCCUGUGACUCGGCGUUUAAAUAAAGACUCUCAAUUUAAAAGUUCCUGCAGGGGUGAAUUGUUUCAUGAAUGGAAUUAACAAGGUUGUUUAGUUGUUUUUUGUUGCUCUAUUUGCCCUUUUGAUUUGUUUCUCGUCGUUUACCAAAUUAUAUUUACAAGGCUAUUUUGUUUUCUAAGCCUUAUUUAUAAUUCAGAUUUCAAAACCUCGUCUCCUGGAAAAUAUAUCUGCAGUGCUUCUGGUUAGUUAGCCAGGAAAAGCGUGGAUGGUACGAGGUAUGGUUUAGUUAAUACCAGAAUUAGGAAGAUUUAAAACUUAUCGAAAGUCAUCUUUUUUCAGGUCAUUUAGAUACGACGUUUUAUCCGAAGCUAUGAGAAGUGGCCAAAGAAAGGACAUCCAGCAAAUUUUCACUCGCUUGUUUAGCAAACUAAAGAAACAGCCUCUUGGAAGGUACGUGUCAAUAAUCUUACAUCCACACCAGCUGGAACUAUAAACUGAAAACGACUACGGGUAGAGAAAUGUUAGCUUUUGCUUGAGCCCGAGGGGCGGGAGGGGGGGCGGGCUCAGUAAAGUUUUUUAACCUUUAAAAUUUUAUACACGAUUUUUUACUAAAAAGGUACCCCUAUCGUAUACCAUGCAUUAACAAAAGUAGUAAGAGUAAAUGUCUAAAGUAGGAAUUCUAUUAGUCAUUUUCGUGUAACGUUUAAUAAAUUAAACAGAUAUGGCGUAUCUUUACGAAAAAAUUUCUAAUUAGAGGCCCUUGUAAAUACCUAAACUAAAAGAUUUCCCUACCCUUUCAAAUACUUCUACUAAUGAAUUUCUUACCCUAUGACAACCCUGAAGCCUGAAAAGGGGCCCUUUCAGGCGGAGCCUCCGCUUUUAGGCCAUUAUAGGAAGUGCUCUCCCCCCCCGCCAAGGAUCAAGAGUAGAUUAGGACUUGUUGGCAUGCUGGCGGGCAGAUAUAAGAUAGCCAAGUAGUAACAACAACAACAACAACAACAACAACAACAACAACAGGUCUCAGUAUUGUUGUACACUUUUUCAUCUGUACAUUUCCGUGAAAGGGCUGUGAUAUUUACUCCCUCUUUCCAGUUUAAAGAGCGUCGGUGCCAACUUCCGGUAUUUGGCUUUCUCAUUCGGUGUCAAUAAAUCAAGCGAGGAAGACUGGGACUACCUUUGGUCGGUUUACCAAAAGUCUCCUUUUGAUGCUGACCGGAAGUACUUGAUGAACGUUAUUACGUCAUUCGGCUCUAACUGCAAAACAGCAAGGUAAUGUUAGCAAAUACUUCAUAGAGAGUGGCCGAGUGGAGGAGCGUUAAAAUAGAGAACCAGCUUAUAUGACCUGAGAUAAAGGAAUCACUGUGAAAGCUUGGAAGGACUUAAAAUUAUUUUAGGUUCGAAAUUCCCUCCAAAGACUGUUUGCAACAAGAAUAGCUUUUAGUUCUAUGGAUAAUAUGCACUCAUCAAUAAACGAUAUUUUAACAGAUACAUGUAUUGAGUGAUUUGACCGUUUUAUUCCAACUUUUGGCUUAGUCGACUAGCCAUUGGUUUGUCAAACUAACGCAUUAGAAUAGUUCUUCGUAGGCUAAAAGAGUUUUAUCUGUCAAAUACGAAAGGUGGAAAAUUGUAUGUGGAAACUCUUUUCUCUUCUAUAGGAAUCUGCUUUUCAGUUUAGAUGAAAGCAAAGUGCGACCCCAAGACAGCCUUUACUGGAUUGAGCAGGUCAAGCUAGGACGGGGAAAGACAGAAACAGUGUGGAAUUUUAUUGAGAAACAUUGGAAAAUACUUGCAAGAAGAAGGUGACCAAUAAAGCUUGUAUUCAUUUAGCAAUAAUCCGUACUUGUUCUCGAGAACAUGCCUUUGGCCGAUUCUCCUUCCUGAAACUCCUGAAUAUUUACCUCUGUUCACCACGCUCCCAGUUAUUCACUUCCGCUACGGUCUGAAUACCCACCUAUUCACACCGCACUUAAGUGUGACACAGCACCUCUCCGACAUGUGACGCUCCACUUUAGAAAUCGGCGCUGGGCAGCUUCGCUCCGUUACAGCAGAAAUCAAGCCGAAAUCACCGUUCUAUGCGGAACAGAAGCCCUAUCCCGGGUAUGGUUUUCGUGCCGACGCAAAAGCUAAUCCUGUAUAGUAUGAACACAACAACAGCAAUAUUAGCCUCCCCGCAGACGUCCUUUGGGGUUCGUUUGUCACGCAUUCAUUUCUGACGAACGAACCCCAAAGGACGUCUGCGGGGAGGCUAUAGCAAUAUCGGUAAAAGUUCUAUUGCGUUGCCCCCAGUUUAUUUGUUUUAAUUGUUCACAAUGGUACGGUUACUCGAUUUGUAGUUUGGAUCUAUCACAAGUACAACAGCACCUGGUAAAACACGAGUGUUCACUUUAUACAACUAAUGGGUACCAUUCUAAAAGAUGUGUAUAUUGAGAACAGUUUUUGUUUCUCAUAUUAGAUAUGGUGGAAGCUAUAAGCUUGGAAACCUCGUCAAAGUAGUGGCAGGAAGCUUUCAAAACUCACACCAGCUCAAUAUGGCAAGUACAUUUUAUAUACUUUUGAUUUUCGUGUAAGGCUCUGAGCCACCAUACAUUACAGAAGACGUCACAAGUGCAACUUUACAAACAAUUUCUUUAUAACCGUAAUCUAGUUUUGAUUCAGCAAAGCAGCAUGGUUGAGCAGAGCGCUGAAAUUGUAAUCUGGAGCCCCGAGUAUAAUCCCCGUUUGAGUAGACUGCAAAACAGUCGGUCUUUUUCUCAAAAUCAGUAAAGAAUUAAAUCGGUAAAGCGUGGCGCCAGAGUCUUACGCGCGCGAAGCGUGCGAGCCUUACACGCCCAUAGGUCGUGUUAGGCGUUUAUGUUAGGCGCGUUUAGCGUCUCUCCCCAGUCUCGCUCCAGACCUUUUGUUUGACUGCUCACGCGUAUUUAAAUACGCAAAAAUACGGACUGUUUUGCAGUCUACCGUUUGAGCUGCUAGCCGGAUUUGUUCUCGGUAGUCCUAAGUUUAGGGUCUUUCUGCAGGUACCGUCAUCACAAAAGAAACAAAGGAGCCAAUUGGGUUGUAUUGGUUGUAUUGUUUCUUUUGUUGUAAUUAAUCAGGGGCACCUUACGAGAAUAUAGUUCAAAACCACCAGACAUAGCAUUGUUAAACGUAUUUUAGUAUUUAAACGGCAGAUAUAGGCAUAUUUUUAUCCCCUAAAAAUUCUUCAUCUGUUCGGAUUUCCUAGCUGAAAGUCUAGGGAUCAGAAAAUUACAGGGAUCAGAACUUACCUUUUUGAAAAUUUCAGCCCGGAAAGAGGCUCCCGAAAAUUCUAGGUGACCUUUUUAGGGUAAAAAUCCGUUAAAAAUGGGCAAUUAUACCAUUUUUUAGAUGUUCGAAAAUCCUAUGAGAGGCUGGCAAGCAAAUUUUACAACAAAUGUUCCGAAAAUUAUAGAUCUCAAAUCGUCUUCCGAACAGAUAUUUCCCGAAAAUUGACGUUGGGUGCCCCUGAUUAAUCUGUGCCUCGGUACCUACAGAAGGUCUAACCAGAGUUUAACUCCUCGUUCACGCUUGUAAAUAGCCAACUAGUUUGCCUCCUGCCAGGAGCCCAUCAAAAUUUGGAGCCCCCAUCUCCCAUACAAGCCCUUGGAGUCAACCCUUUCCCGAGUAGAUUUAUAAUUAGAACGGUUCCCAGGGGAGACUUCGCGCGCCGACGGUGGGAAGAGCCAAUCACAACGACUAAAUGACACUGCUAUUGUACUUCAUGAAAGAGCAGGAAAUCCGGUGCUGACAGGCCAAACAAAGUCAUAAGCUGGUGAAACGUGACUUUAGCGUUUUCAUCCCUCAGAGAUUUUCUUUCUUUUCUCCUGCUCCUGCCGAAUUGGGAUCCUUAACCUUGCGUGUCACAAUGGAAACUACUCUUUACCAGUAAUUAUGUUACACUUAUAUAGACCGUUUUUUUAUUUGAUUCAUUUUAGUACUAGCUGAGUGAAAAAUGCUGAAAAAUUAUGAAAGCAAGUAGAUAUUCAUCAAAGCGCGCUUCUUUAUUUUUGGUAGGUUAAGAGUACUUUCAAGUCUUUUUCUACCGGUGAAGUCGCUGUAAGAGCGCAAAAACAAACCCUGGAAAAAAUACGCCGAAAUAUUGCUGGUAAACCAGCGCUUCUAAAGACCAGCGAGAUGCGAAUGGUACGGUGGUUGAAGGAGUACAAAGGAACCGGAAACUAA